AGGCUUUCCCCGUGGGUGAAUUUCCCCGGGUCCGGCUGUAUGCCGAUUCUCAAGAAGUUUUUGUAACACCGCCAGAGUUAUAAAAGCACAUCCAUUCCCCUGCUUCGCUUCGGUUCAUUUCUCCCGUUCGCCGUGUUCCCUUUUGGUGGUUAACUUGCCGUCUUCCAUUCGCCCUCCUGUUCUUUCCUGUCCAUCGCUGGACACACCAUCUCUUUCUUCUUCUUCUCUCUUUCGCACACCCAUACACCUGUGAACCCUGUGCGAGGUUGACCCAGCAGCUCUAUCACCAUGGGCGACGCUGUAGCUCCAAACGCCCUCGCCGAUACCAUGCGAGUGGAGGCACCCGUCACCUUCAAGACUUAUAUGAUGUGUGCCUUUGCCGCCUUUGGUGGUAUCUUUUUCGGUUAUGAUUCCGGUUAUAUUAACGGUGUCAUGGGCAUGAGUUAUUUCAUCCAAGAAUUUGAAGGCUUGGAUCCUGCCACCACCGAUCCGAAUCAUUUCGUUGUCUCAUCGUGGAAGAAAUCCUUGAUCACAUCCAUCUUGUCGGCAGGCACAUUCUUCGGUGCACUGAUUGCUGGAGACCUUGCUGACUGGUUUGGACGUCGGAUCACUAUCGUCUCCGGUUGUGCUAUCUUCAUCGUUGGUGUCAUUUUGCAGACCGCAUCAACCACCGUAGCUCUUCUCGUGGUGGGACGUCUGAUUGCGGGAUUCGGUGUCGGUUUCGUGUCGGCCAUCAUUAUCCUGUAUAUGUCGGAGAUUGCUCCUCGCAAGGUCCGCGGUGCCAUUGUGUCUGGAUACCAGUUCUGUAUCACCAUCGGUCUGAUGCUGGCUUCUUGUGUCGACUACGCCACCCAAAAUCGCACGGACUCCGGUUCCUAUCGCAUUCCGAUUGGCAUUCAGAUUGCCUGGGCCCUCAUUCUCGGUGGUGGUUUGCUCCUCCUACCGGAAUCGCCCCGUUAUUUCGUCAGAAAGGGCCAGCUCGAGAAGGCGUCAUAUGUCCUCGCUCGUGUCCGUGGUCAGUCCGAGGAUUCAGAGUAUAUCAAACAGGAGCUGGCGGAGAUCGUUGCCAACAAUGAAUAUGAGAUGCAAGCGAUGCCCCAGGGCGGCUACUUCACAACCUGGCUGAGCUGUUUCCGUGGAAGUCUCUUCCACCCCAACAGCAAUCUCCGCCGUACCAUCCUGGGUACUUCUCUUCAGAUGAUGCAGCAAUGGACCGGUGUCAACUUCGUGUUCUACUUCGGUACCACAUUCUUUACCUCGCUCGGAACGAUUUCAGAUCCUUUCCUGAUUAGCAUGAUCACCACCAUUGUCAAUGUUUGCUCGACUCCCGUCUCGUUCUACACCAUGGAGAAGAUCGGACGUCGUCCCCUGCUGUUGUGGGGUGCUCUUGGUAUGGUUAUCUGCCAGUUCAUUGUCGCCAUUACCGGUACCGUCGUCGGUGACAAGGGCGGUAACAACGCUGCCGUCAGCGCGGAGAUUUCUUUCAUCUGCAUUUACAUCUUCUUCUUCGCCAGCACCUGGGGUCCUGGCGCAUGGGUAGUCAUCGGCGAGAUCUUCCCUCUGCCCAUUCGUUCGCGUGGUGUGGCUCUGUCCACUGCGUCUAACUGGCUUUGGAACUGCAUCAUCGCUGUCAUCACUCCGUACAUGGUCGACCAAGACAAGGGCGACCUCAAGUCCAAGGUGUUCUUCAUCUGGGGUGCCCUCUGCACCUGCGCCUUCAUCUACACCUACUUCCUCAUCCCGGAGACCAAGGGGCUCACCCUCGAGCAGGUCGACAAGAUGAUGGAGGAGACCACUCCGCGGACCUCUGCCAAGUGGAAGCCUCACACCACCUUCGCGGCUGACAUGGGAUUCACCGAGAAGGACAUCACCGACAAAGUCCACGUCGCCCAUCGGGAAGUCUAAUCCACUCUAAUGGGGGGUCAGUGGGGAGUCGUUUUGGUUUCGGGAGGAGGGGUGUUCUGCACUUUACUUUUCUCUCUAUCUUUUUUUUUAAUUCACUGGUUAUCAGCUAUGAACUCAUACCCAUGAUUUUACGCGUCAUGUCGUUUUAAUGUCCUGGCAGAACUGAGAGGAUGACCGAGAGGUGUACCAUUAAUCAAUACUCACCUUCUUCAACUAUAGUGCAUGCUUUUGAUCCAUUGUAGGUUGUUAAACGACAACCUUAAACUCUUGAGAGUGUAGGGUAAUUCGGCUUUCUUCCGUGGAGAUUCCGUGGGUCACGCUAAGGCUACUAGUACACUAGUGGUUACUGUACGGAGUACGGAGUAGGUAGACCGUAAAAGUAACUCAACAACAACAAAUCUUGAUGAACCAAGUGGGUUUCCCGAUGCAGGGGCACUAAUACAUUCCGAUACCGUAUUUGUGACCGGAAUCGUCGAUUCUUAGAGGAUAUGUACAUACUAGCAAGUCAGUUUCAAUCAAAUCUUCGGUGUCGGGAGGAAAAAAGUCUCUCUAAUAUCCAUGUUGCCGUCAGGAAUGGGGAGACUCUGUCUAUGAGGCUGAGUAGAGUAUAUGUAUUUUACCUCUGUAAAGUGCCUCGGUAUCGAAUCU